AGUGAUGAUCCAUGGCACGAAGCCUCCAGUGAGGAUCCAUGGCACAAAGCCUCCAGUGAUGAUCCAUGGCAUGAAGCUUCCAGUGAGGAUCCAUGGCACAAAGCCUCCAGUGAUGAUCCAUGGCACGAAGCCUCCAGUGAUGAUCCAUGGCAUGAUACCUCCAGUGACGAUCCACGGCCCGAAGCCUCCAGCGAAGAUCCACGGCAUGAAGCCUCCAGCGACGAUCCACGGCACGAAGCCUCCAGCGACGAUCCACGGCACGAAGCGUCCAGCGAUGAUCCACGGCACGAAGCCUCCAGCGACGAUCCACGGCCCGAAGCCUCCAGCAACGAUCCACGGCACGAAGCCUCCAGCGACGAUCCACAGCCCAAAACCUCCAGCGACGAUCCACGGCCCGAAGCCUCCAGCAACGAUCCACGGCCCGAAGCCUCCAGCGACGAUCCACGGCCCGAAGCCUCCAGCGACAAUCCACGGCCCAAAGCCUCCAGCGACGGUCCCCGGUCUGAAGCCUCCAGCGACGAUCCACGGGACGAAGCCUCCAGCGACGAUCCACGGCACGAAGCGUCCAGCGACGAUCCACGGCACGAAGCCUCCAGCAACGAUCCACGGCCCGAAGCCUCCAGCGACGAUCCACGGCCCGAAGCCUCCAGCGACGAUCCACGGCCCGAAGCCUCCAGCGACAAUCCACAGCCCGAAGCCUCCAGCGACGGUCCCCGGUCUGAAGCCUGCAGCGACGGUCCCCAGCCCGGAGCCUGCAGCGACGGUCCCUAGUCCGGAGCCUCCAGAGACGGUCCCCAGUCCGGAGCCUGCAGCGACGGUCCCCAGUCCGUAGCCUCCAGAGACGGUUCCCAGUCCGGAGUCCGCGACAACGAUCUACGAUCCGGAGUCCGCGACGACAAUCUACGGUCCGGAGUCCCCGGCGACGAUCCCCGCACCAGGGGCGCCACCAAAGUGGGGGGAGCCUCAAACGGAGCAGGGUCUGCAUCCCGCACCGGAGCCUCCACCGAGAUGAGAUGCCCACCCGGACCCUCCCCUUUAGGUUCAGGUUUGCGACUGGAGUCCGCACCUUUGGGGGGGUACUGUCACGCCCUGACCUUAGGGAGCCUUGUUUAUUCUCUAUUUGGUUAGGUCAGUGUGUGACUUGGGUGUGCAAAUCUAUGUUUCUAUUUCUUUGGUGGCCUAGUAUGGUUCCCAAUCAGAGGCAGCUGUUUAUCGUUGUCUCUGAUUGGGGAUCAUACUUAGGCAGCCUUUUUUCCCACCUUAGAUUGUGGGAUCUUGUUUGUGUGUAGUUGCUUUCUGCACUGCAUAUAGCUUUACGUUUGUUUACUUAUUUUGUUUUUCGGUGUCAUUUUGAAUAAAGAAAAAAUGUACACCUA